AUGUUCUUCUUACGGUAUCUGGAGAGGGAUAUCAGUAUUCAUCCGUCGUUCUUUGGCAAUAGUGUGCAUCAGCGACUGAAGGAUCAACUCUAUGCGGACCUCGAGGGCAGCUGUAAUGGCGAAUAUUACAUUGUGUGCAUAAUGGACAUCUACAACAUCUCUGCUGGACGUGUUCGGCCCGGCUCAGGAGAUGCGCAUUUCACCAUUCUCUACCGCGCCAUCUUGUGGAAACCAUUCAAGGGCGAGACUAUCGAUUGCGCCGUCUCCUCAAUCAAGCCCCAAGGAGUCUUCUGCGAAGCGGGUCCUCUCACAGUAUUUGUGUCCAAACUGCAUCUACCGCCAGACAUGCGGCACAACCCUGAUGCCACUCCGCCGCAGUAUUCCAACAACGCAGGAGACGUCAUUGAAAAGGGUUCAGCAGUCCGGGUUCAACUCAUUGGGUUGCGAAGCGAUGUGGGCAACAUGUAUGCGAUCGGGAAGAUGUCAUCUCAAUGGUUUGGGUGA